AUGCGAACUUCCUUAUUUGGCGUGAAACUCGCGCCUGCCCGCCACCUCAGGAAGCGGUGGUUUCACGUGUGCCUGAGACCAGUUCUGUCCUGCGGUGACGCCCAGCGCGCCCACUACAACUACCUGGAGGGCAUCGCCCUCGUUCUUGUCACCGAGGGUUCGCGGGGCCGCACUGGUGGUGUGCUGAUUGUGGACCUUGCGCUCCUCGCGCUGCUGUCGCUGGCCCUCUACGGCUCCUUCACCUUCGCUGGCGGCCUCUCCGGCUUCUUCCGCCUCCUCGGCCUGUAG